GCCUCUUUCUAAUUGAUUGUCUACCAAAAGUUUGGUUAAACACCCGCCACAAACGAACCCAAACCUACUCAAAUAAACAUUUACAAACGUUUGCUCUUCCUAUUUGCCGGCGUGAAUCUCUAAAAUGGAUUCAGACUUAUACGACGAAUUCGGUAAUUACAUUGGACCUGAUUUAGACAGUGACGAUGAUGACGACCAAAGUAUUUAUGGUCAAGCAGAUAUUCAGGAUGAUGUUGAUGAUGACGCUAUGGAAGAAGAUGAACCAGAAAAUGACGAAGAUAAGGAAAUAACCGCAGUAGUUCUCCAUGAAGACAAACGUUACUAUCCCACCGCCGUUGAAGUCUAUGGACCCGAUGUGGAGACAAUUGUCCAAGAAGAAGAUGCCCAACCUCUGGAUAAACCACUCAUUGAACCGGUGAAGAAGUUGAGAUUUCAACUGAAAGAACAAGAACUGCCCGAAACCACAUACGAAAUGGAAUUUAUGGCCGAUUUAAUGGACACACCGCCGUUGAUAAGAAACGUCGCUCUAAUUGGUCAUUUGCAUCAUGGCAAGACAACUUUUGUGGAUUCUCUCAUUCGUGAGACACAUCCGCAGUUCGACACAACCGAGGAGAGGACUCUUAGGUAUACGGAUACUCUGUUCACGGAACAAGAACGUGGAGUAAGCAUCAAGGCCACUCCAAUCACUCUUGUCCUCCCAGAUGUCAAACAUAAGAGCUUCUUAAUGAAUAUAUUUGAUACUCCAGGUCAUGUUAACUUUUCCGAUGAAGCCACAGCUGCUAUGCGGAUGUGUGAUGGAGUUGUUGUAUUUGUGGACGCAGCUGAAGGAGUGAUGCUCAACACCGAACGUCUGCUAAAGCAUGCAGUCCAAGAGAAGAUGGGAAUAACAAUUUGCAUAAACAAAAUUGAUCGUCUUAUUCUAGAGUUAAAACUCCCACCUCAGGAUGCUUAUUUUAAGCUCAAGCAUAUUGUCGAAGAAGUCAAUAGUUUGUUAAGUGUUUAUUGCGAUGGAGAUGAUGCAAUUGUGGUUUCUCCAACUCUUGGAAACGUCUGCUUUGCUAGUUCACUUUAUGGUUUCUGUUUUACACUGAAAUCUUUUGCCAAACUAUACGCAGACACUUACGAAGGAGUCAACUAUGUGGAGUUUGCCAAACGUCUCUGGGGAGAUAUGUAUUUCCACAAUAAAUCACGUAAAUUCACCAAAAAACCACCUCACAGUUCGGCUCAGCGUAGUUUUGUCGAAUUCAUACUCGAGCCAAUGUACAAACUUAUUGCCCAGGUUGUCGGAGAUGUUGAUACAACCCUCUUGGACACUUUGGCUGAGUUGAAUGUUCGUGUGACCAAAGAAGAGAUGAAAACAAAUAUAAGACCUUUGUUGCGAUUGGUAUGCAAUCGAUUCAUGAGUGACUUUAGUGGAUUCGUCGAUAUGUGUGUGGAACAUAUUAAGUCACCUUUGGACAAUGCCAAGAGGAAGGUAGAUCAUAUUUAUACGGGACCAAAAGAGGGCGACAUCUACAAGGAUAUGGUGAAUUGCAAUCAAAACGGAACACUCAUGGUUCAUAGCUCCAAAAUGUAUCCAACCGAUGAUUGUACAUUCUUUCAGGUCCUUGCUCGAGUUGUAAGCGGAACACUGCAUGCUGGCCAAGAGGUUCGUGUGCUCGGUGAGAACUAUACCCUUCAAGACGAAGAAGAUUCAAGAAUUCUUCAAGUCGGCCGACUGUGGGUCUACGAAGCUCGCUACAAAGUCGAACUUAAUCGUGUUCCCGCUGGCAAUUGGGUUCUAAUCGAAGGUAUCGAUCAGUGUAUUGUCAAGACCUCCACCAUUGCGGACAUCAGCGCCGUUGAGGACUUGUAUAUCUUCCGGCCAUUGAAAUUUAACACCCAGAGUAUCAUUAAAAUAGCCGUUGAACCCGUGAACCCCUCAGAAUUGCCCAAAAUGUUAGAUGGUCUGAGAAAAGUAAACAAAUCCUAUCCUCUGCUAUCGACGCGUGUUGAGGAAUCUGGCGAGCAUGUUAUUCUUGGGACAGGAGAACUGUAUUUGGAUUGUGUUAUGCAUGACUUGCGUAAAAUGUACUCGGAGAUCGAUAUCAAAGUUGCAGAUCCAGUUGUGGCUUUUUGUGAAACGGUUGUGGAGACUUCAUCGCUAAAGUGCUUCGCCGAGACUCCGAAUAAGAAGAAUAAAAUUACCAUGAUAUCCGAGCCAUUGGAAAAGGGUCUGGCUGAGGAUAUAGAAAAUGAAGUGGUGUCGAUAAAUUGGAAUAAGAAACGUUUGGGUGAAUUUUUCCAAAUCAACUACGAUUGGGAUUUGCUGGCAGCGCGUUCUAUUUGGGCUUUUGGGCCUGACACAACUGGGCCUAAUAUUCUUGUUGAUGAUACUCUUCCAUCGGAGGUUGAUAAGAAUUUGUUGACUUCGGUGAAGGAUUCCAUAGUUCAGGGCUUCCAAUGGGGUACUAGAGAAGGUCCGCUUUGUGAAGAGCCCAUUCGGAAUGUGAAAUUCAAAAUUCUCGACGCAGUGAUUGCCAGCGAAGCUCUGCAUCGUGGUGGAGGGCAAGUCAUUCCUACAGCUCGUCGUGUGGCAUAUUCUGCAUUCUUGAUGGCAACGCCUAGAUUGAUGGAGCCGUAUUUGUUUGUUGAGGUUCAAGCUCCUGCGGAUUGUGUUUCAGCUGUGUACACUGUUCUGGCGAGAAGAAGAGGGCACGUUACACAAGAUGCGCCUGUUUCUGGUUCGCCCAUUUAUACCAUCAAAGCAUUCAUACCCGCCAUCGAUUCUUUUGGUUUUGAGACGGAUCUGCGGACACACACCCAAGGGCAAGCAUUUUGUCUGUCCGUAUUCCAUCAUUGGCAAAUUGUUCCCGGUGACCCUCUGGACAAAUCUAUUAUUAUUCGUCCUCUUGAACCUCAAGCUGCUUCACAUUUAGCCCGAGAAUUCAUGAUUAAGACACGAAGAAGGAAGGGUCUGUCCGAAGAUGUAUCGAUUAAUAAAUUCUUCGAUGAUCCUAUGUUGUUGGAGUUGGCAAGGCAGGAUGUGCUGUUGAAUUAUCCUCUAUAAAUAAAAUAAUUUCUUACCUUAA